AAAUAAAAUAAACGUCAUCCAUGAACUAUAAUCUAUUUUUCUUUCAAAAAAUAUUUAAAACUUUCUAAUUUUUAGCGAAUUGUACAAUAAUUUGCAAAAGUUUUACUAAUUUUUAUUUUUUCAAAUAAGUCCUUAAAUAUGAGCAAAACAGUUCUCGUUACCGGUGGAACUGGUCUUGUCGGCAAAGCCCUAGAAACAAUAAUCAAAGAGAAGAAUGCAAACCAAGAUAUUUGGUACUUUGCCGGUUCCAAAGAUGGAGAUCUCACAAUCCUAUCAGACACAAAAGCUCUAUUUGAUAAAGUAAAACCAACUCAUGUCAUUCAUUUGGCUGCAAUGGUCGGUGGACUAUUCCACAAUAUGAAUAAUAAUCUUGAUUUUUUGAGAAAAAACCUUCAAAUAAAUGACAAUGUCUUACAAACUGCCUUCGAACACGGCUGUGUCAAGGUUGUCUCAUGUUUGUCGACAUGCAUUUUCCCCGACAAGACAACAUAUCCAAUUGACGAGACAAUGGUCCACAAUGGACCUCCGCAUAACUCGAACUUUGGCUAUUCCUAUGCCAAACGUUUGAUUGAUGUGCAAAAUCGAGCGUAUUUUGAAAAGAAUGGUUCGAUAUUCACUUCGGUGAUUCCAUGUAAUAUCUUUGGACCAAAUGACAAUUAUAAGCCAGAAGUUAGCCAUGUCAUUCCGGGAAUGAUUUAUAGAAUGCAUCAAUUGAUAAAUGAAGAUAAAGACACGAAGGAAGAGGAGAAGGUUUUCAGUGUGUUUGGAAGUGGAAAGCCUUUAAGGCAGUUUAUCUACUCGAUAGAUCUGGCAAAGUUGAUGCUUUGGGUGCUUGAGGAGUAUGAUCAAGUUGAUCCAAUCAUUUUAUCUGUUGAUGAAUCGGAUGAAGUUACAAUCGCACAAGUUGCUGAGGCAAUUGCAAGAGCAUUUAAUUUCAAGGGAAAAAUUGUCUGUGAUACGAUUAAGGCUGAUGGUCAAUACAAGAAAACUGCUUCCAAUAAAAAAUUGAGGCAACUUAAACCAGAUUUUAAGUUUUCCAAUUUUGAGGAAUCAAUCAAUGAGUCGGUGAAAUGGUUUAUUGAAAAUUAUGAAAUAGCAAGAAAGUAAUUUAAGAUGCAUUUUACAAUAAUUCGUUUAUAUGUUAAUUUAAAAGAUUUAUUUUGGAUAUAAAUUUUGAGAAUAUGUUUUCUAAUCAGUUGCAUAAA